CCGAGACAAGGGAGGGGGUCACUGAGGGUCAGCGUUUUCAGGACCAGGGUCUCUCCCCACCCCGCCCCCCCACUCGAGGGGGGGGUGGGGGUGAUCGAGGGUGGGGGGAGAGGAGUUCGUGGCGCCAUGCGAGGGUCGCGCUGGCUCUUCGCCCGCCUCGUCCCGCUGCUUUUGGGGGUCGCGGCGGCGAGGGGGCCCAGCGCGUGGGCCGCCAGUGGAGGCGCCGCUUCGGCCACGCGGCCCCCCGGGGCCACGGCGGAGCCGUCGCCGCCGCCCGAACCGUCGCACGAGCAGACGCCGGAGCAGUGCCGCGGCUACUACGACGUGAUGGGCCAGUUCGACCCCCCGUUCGUGUGCCAGAAGCACCCCUUCUUCAUCUGCUGCGGCUCGUGCGGGUUCCGCUACUGCUGCAAGGAGCCGAGCGCGCGCCUCAACCAGACGCAGUGCGUCAAGAACGAGACCCCGCGCCUCGCCAACGACUCCACGGGGCCCCCAGACGUCGUGGGGCCCUUCGGCCCGACGCGCGACAAGACGCACAUGGUGGUGUACUCGGUGUGCGGCAUCGUCGCCUUCAUGCUGCUGGCGGGCAUCUUCACCAAGGUCGGCCUCUACAAGCCCGCGGGGGGGCUGCUGCCCGCGCAGCCCCCUGGGGAGCCGGGCGGACACUGCAGGCUGCUGGACGUGUCUGCACGCCAAGAGAGUGGACUGGCGCUGCCCACGGACAGCGGCUCCACCCCGGGGUUCCCCUCCAUGCUGCCCCCCCGGGCUUCCUCCAUGGAGGCCGGGUUCAUGCACGGAGCGAGGCCCAGCCUGGAUCAGCCCCAGCUCAAGACCAUCUUUCAUUCACAGCCGCACCUGGCCUCGGAAGCCCCGCCCACCUACGAGGCAGUCAAUCAGGCGGAGGGAGGCCGACAUCCCUCCCUUCCGAAACGAAUUGAGAAGUCCGGGCUCCUGGAUCACUUGGGGAAGAUUCACUUCUCCUCUGACGCGGGGCCGCCAACCUCCCUGCCCCUGCGCUCUGCCAGCCCCGUCAAAGCGAGCACGUCGCGCCAGGCGAGCGAGGCGAGCGGCAAGGGGGGCGGCCGCGGGGACGAGGACGAGCUGGCAGGGGCCAAGAGCCGCAUGACCAAGAUGCACUCGCACCCCGGCGCGUGGGCGAGCCCCGCCAGGGAGCGCUCCCUCCCCCGCGGCGAGGGGGACUCCGUGUCGCGCUCGGGCUCCCAGGCGCUGCACCAGCAGCAGCACCACCACCACCACCCGCUCCACCACCACCACCACCAGCCGCCGCCGCAGCACCAACAGAGCCAGCACCAGAGCCAGCACGAACAUCACCAGCACGAGCAUCACCAGCCACAGCACCAUCAGCAGCAGCAGCACCACCACACUCUCCAGCACCACCACACGCGGGGGCAACAGCAGCAGGGUCCUGGGGGCCCCGGGGUGCGGGGGCAGCUGUCCCAGCAGGACACUUGGCCUGGGCCCCUGCGCUACCACAGCACCCUCGACAGGAUCCCGACGAGCGGCAGCGGGAGCGGCCGCCAUCACCAGCGCCAGCAGAGCGCGCUCAGACCCUCGCAGACGACGCUCAGCAAGACCGAGGUGACGGUGUGAACGGCGCUGACCUCGUCUCGUCUGCAAGGCGAAUGCAAGUUGCCCCACGUUCCUGCCGAUGGGCCCCUGCAGUCUCCCACCGUGGCGUGUGCUGUGCGGGUUCGCGUGCGAGCGGCGCGUGCAACGGUGCUGCUGGUGGCCCCACUGCCCCGGCCCCAUGUCCCUGCGGGCGAGGGUGUGCGGCCUCACAGUGACCCUGGCUGCCCUGGUCGCUCCCCGCAGAGCCCCGCGCGGAGCAGAGGUUGUGGAUUGCCAUGGAGCGCGGCGUGUGUCCCCGGAUUGUGUGUCGUGAUUCGUACACAGUUUACAUGUUCGGGUCGUGGUUCGGAUGAGCGGGGUGUGUGCGGCGACGUGUGUCGCGCGUUCUUCGCGACCUUGUUCAUCUUUGUCGAGGGAACGAUCGGCGGAACGAAACACCUGGGGGCCACCGUGGCAACCCCGGGCCGAACCCACGAGGCCGGUCCGCGGGCCGCACCGUCGGUCGUGGACGCGCGCUGCGUUGUGCAGGAUGCAUCUCUGGGCCCUGCAGGGGCGGCACGUGCCCAACUAGCCCAGGCCACAAUCACAGCCAGCACUGGAUUUUAAUCACACGCGUCGUCUUUGGUGGCAAAGAAGAAAAGUUGAUGUUACCGUGAAUUUCUCCGAGAUCGUCAUCGUUUUAUAUCCAUCGCUCGCGUGCGUCCGAUUCAACCGCUUGUCCUUUUUGGACAAUGGUGAGAAGGAGCUUCUAGCGGAGGCCGCUCUCCCUAAACGUAAUGAAUCGUGGCACUUGAUGGGGACGCUGCAAUAACAUUAGCAAUAACGCAGCGGCCACACGUCGAUGUUAGCGGCCGAGUGUGCCAGUGGAUUUAUACUCUGUGGGUUUUCCGUCUAUUUUAAGAUUUUCCUCACAUUUCUUGCCUUUUCCAUAAUUCGCUGGAUUUUCCUUUGGCGUUUUCAGUAGUCUGAGUUUCCGACGGCUUUUCCGUCAGUGUAUUAGUUUUCAAUGAGAUAUGUCGGUAUUUAGUUCCAGAGGUUUUUCUAUGAUUUGAAGCUAUCCAUUGAUUUACCGGUCUGGGGAUCCAAUCCCGACACUUCUGUUCCUGUACCACAUGGAAAUCCUCGAGUCUCGGCCAUAACUGGGCCAUCUGCCCCCACAACCACCGUGUCGUGCAUCUUAAACUUCAAAUCAAGAGGAGGCCGUGCCGAGUGAACUUCACGAGGAGGCUGGAGCAAACCAAGGUGUAGGCCGCAGCCCGGGCAGUGGGCCCUCCAAACCCAACGUGACCAGUAGCGCUCCCCUCUCCUGCCAAAGUCUCCUGCAUGGAGGAGUCGGAGCAACUCUCGCCCCCAUCGUUGGGCUCGCUCUCACAGUGUCAGUUCUCCUCCUUCGCCCGUCCCCGCUUGCCGUAGGCAGGCGCCCCCCUCGGCAGCGCCGAUACAAGGGCUGCUUGUGCACGUGCGGUGGCUGGGGGCCGCCACACGCGCCAUACUCAAUAUUCGGCCCCCCAGGUGUUGCAGGUAUUUUUGUCGAUCAACACGACACGUGACGCCCCAAGCCUGCCCAAUUCACCCGCGUCCACGCAGUGGGGGCCUGGGCCGUGUGGGCCCCUGUGUCGGUGGUAAGCACAGCUGCAUUCCCCACCACUACAACCCAAUCGUUUUUUGACGUUGUAAUGUUAAUAUUAAUAACUCUCGUCUACAAUUCGAAAUGUGCAUGAGCCCUGUGAUUGUGUAAUCAUACAUACAUACGUAAGCUUUUUAUGGAACGCACUCGUAAUAUGUACA